AUGAUCCCGCAGAACCCAGUGUGUGACAACCACAUUCUCAUAGACCUGCCUGACUCUGUCCUCUCUCCUCUGUCCUUUCUCCUCUGUCCUUUCUCCUCUGUCCUCUCUCCUCUGUCCUCUCUCCUCUGUCCUCUCUCCUCUGUCCUCUCUCCUCUGUCCUUUCUCCUCUGUCCUCUCUCCUCUGUCCUUUCUCCUCUGUCCUCUCUCCUCUGUCCUUUCUCCUCUGUCCUCUCUCCUCUGUCCUCUCUCCUCUGUCCUCUAUUCUCUGUCCUCUCAGCUCUGCGCUCUGUCCUUUCUCCUCUGUCCUCUAUCCUCUAUCAUCUGUCCUCUCUGUCCUCUGUCCUUUCUCCUCUGUCUUCUCAGCUCUUUCCUCUGUCCUCUCUCCUCUGUCCGCUCUCCCCUGUCCUCACUGUCCUUUCUCCUCUGUCCUCUGUCCUUUCUCCUCUGUCCUUUCUCCUCUGUCCUCACUGUCCUUUGUCCUCUGUCCUCUCUCCUCUGUCCUUUCUCCUCUGUCCUUUCUCCUCUGUCCGCUCUCCUCUGUCCUCUCUCCUCUGUCCUUUCUCAUCUAUCCGCUCUCCUCUGUCCUCUCUCCUCUGUCCUUUCUCCUCUGUCCUCUGUCCUUUCUCCUCUGUCCUCACUGUCCUUUCUCCUCUGUCCUCACUGUCCUUUCUCCUCUGUCCUCUCUCCUCCGUCCUUUCUCCUCUGUCCUCUGUCCUUUCUCCUCUGUCCUCACUGUCCUUUCUCCUCUGUCCUCUCUCCUCGGUCCUUUCUCCUCUGUCCUUUCUCAUCUGUCCGCUCUCCUCUGUCCUCUCUCCUCCGUCCUCUCUCCCCUGUCCUCACUGUCCUUUCUCCUCUGUCUUCUAUCCUCUGUCCUCUCAGCUCUGUCCUCUAUCCUCUCUGUCCUCUGUCCUCUAA